AUGACUGCGUCUAUGGAGAUGCAGCCCCCUAAGGAUCCCCAGGAUCCCAAUCAGCCGGGAAAGGCCGGGGUUGACCUUCUUGAGAGUACGGAGACAGGGAUCCCUGUCUCCUACGCCGAUGUGGUAGCAUCACGCAUCUCCAAACCGCAUCAAGAAUAUCUACUGGAACGACAUGGCACGCUGGAGCUGGAUCCUAUCCCGAGUAUGGAUCCUGCUGAUCCCUACAACUGGCCUGGGUGGAAGAAACUGGCCAACUUAUGCCUCGUAGCCUUCCAUGCGUGCAUGGGCACCUUUGCUGCCGCUGGUAUCAUUCCAGCUUAUGAAACGAUCUCCGAAAAAUUUGGUGUUUCAAUCCAGAGAGCGAGUUAUUUGACUUCGCUCCAGAUUGCCAUUCUAGGCGGUGCGCCUCUGUUCUGGAAGCCGUUGUCAAACCGCUUCGGUCGUCGUCCUAUUUUCCUUCUUUCCCUGUUUUGCAGCAUGGUGUGCAACAUCGGAUGCGCUAAGAGCCCCGAUUAUGCAUCGACUGCUGCCUGUAGAGCCUUACAGGCCUUCUUCAUCUCUCCCGCCUCCGCUAUUGGUAGUGCGGUGGUGAUGGAAACCUACUUCAAAAAAGACCGUGCCCGAUAUAUGGGUGUGUGGACUUUGUUGGUUACCCUGGGUAUUCCGUCGGGCCCGUUCAUCUUUGGUUUCGUCGUAUACCGUGCCGGGUAUGAGUGGAUUUACUGGGUCUUGACAAUUGUCAACGGCGUCCAGUUCAUUUUGUACCUGUUCCUUGGCCCCGAGACCAGAUACAUCAACGGCGAGACCGAUCCCAAGGAGCCGGCGUGGAAGAGAGAAUAUCUGCAGCUGCGUCGGAUUGACCCAACUCCUUUCACCUGGUACGAAUUUGUGAGGCCGCUUUCGAUGUUCAUGUAUCCCUGCGUGAUGAUCCCCGCGGCUUCCUAUGCUAUGAUCUUCCUUUUGAGCAACGUCCUGGCGACCGUCGAGGUCCCGGCACUGCUCCAGCACAAGUUCGAGCUCAACGCGGAGCAGUUGGGUCUCCAGUUCCUGGGUCCUAUCAUUGGAUCGCUCAUCGGUGAGCAGCUGGGCGGUGUGAUGUCCGACCUCUGGAUGAACAUGCGUGCGAAGAAGAUCCAGCGGAAGCCUCAACCCGAGUACCGUCUGUGGCUCAGCUACCUGGGCUACAUUUGUUCCAUUGUGGGGACCAUUGUCUUCCUGGUGUGCACUUCCCAGGCCAAGCAAGGUCACUGGAACGUAGCCCCGAUCAUUGGCAUUGCCAUCGGCGCCGCCGGUAACCAAAUUGUUACCACCGUCCUGAUCACAUACUCCGUCGAUUGUUACCCCAAGGAAGCUGCUAGCGUCGGCGUAUUCAUCACGUUCGUUCGGCAGAUUUGGGGUUUCCUCGGUCCGUUCUGGUUCCCGGAUAUGUUCGAAAACGUCGGCAUUGCUGAGUCUGCAGGUGUCUGCGUUGCUCUGAUGGUUGGGGUUAGUGUGAUACCGACCCUUUUCCUGCACUUUCUGGGCCGGAAAUGGCGCCCGGAGAUGGAGUAG